CUUCCACCGACGUCGACGACGAAGAAAAUAUCUCUCACCGCUCGCCGAACCACCGAGCUGUAACGCAGCGCGUUUUAGUAAGUGUUGAGCUCACACUGUCCCGCCGCCAUCUUAUCCUUUCCUCUUCCUCUGCCAGUCAGUAAGAUUGCGUGUUACCGUGUUUGAUCCGCUGUUCCCUGAACAUAGUGAACAUAUAUUUGCAGGUCUUGGUUUCAAUCAUGGAUCCACUUCUCGAUAUACUGAACGAGGAGUACCUGGAAGCGAGUUCCUUUUACACACAAGUUCCUCCAAUGGAGCCUCCUCGGCCCAUGAAGGGACUGCACGAAGUUGGGCCGCCGCCUUUCCUUUCGAAGACCUUCGACAUGGUGGACGACCCGUUAACCGAUCAGGUGGUCUCAUGGAGCCUCACGAGUAAUAGCUUCGUGGUCUGGGAUCCCCACGCCUUUGCUAUGACUCUGCUGCCACGAUACUUCAAGCACAGCAAUUUCUCCAGCUUCGUGAGGCAGCUCAACACAUAUGGUUUUAGGAAGGUGGACGCAGAUAGAUGGGAAUUUGCAAAUGAAGGAUUUCUUAGAGGACAGAAGCAUCUCCUCAAGACCGUCAAAAGAAGGAAACCACCUUCUUAUCCUCCUCCAAGGCAGCAAUCCACAGGGCCAUUCCUUGAAGUUGGGCAUUUCGGGCUAGAUGGAGAGAUUAACAGGUUAAAGCGGGACAAGAACAUUCUGAUGGCAGAGGUGGUAAAGUUAAGGCAGGAACAGCAGAACACUAGAGGUGAGCUUCAAGCCAUGGAAGAAAGGUUACAAUGCACGGAACAAAGACAGCAACAGAUGAUGAACUUCUUGGCACGUGCUCUACAAAGCCCUGACUUCUUUCAGCAACUGGUUCAGCAUCAAGGGAAAAGAAAAGAGCUCGAGGAAGCCAUUUCAAAGAAAAGGAGACGACCUAUAGAAGCAGGGCCCUACCAUGGUGAAGGGGAGACGAGCCAGAGUCAGGAGAUUGAGCCUCCAUUUGAUGUUGAAACAGGACAAAUAGAAGGGAAUUAUGACCCUGAAGUCUCGGAAUUGGAAGAUUUAGCGCUGAAAAUACAGGGACUUGGAAGGAAUAAGGAGGAUGAGGGCAAACAAGAGGUGAAACAAGAAGGUGGAGAAACAGAAUUGAAUGAUGAGUUCUGGGAGGAAUUGUUGAACGAACAGAUUGAAGAGGAGAAGGGCAGAUCAGAGAGUAGGAAAGGAGGCGAUGCUAAUGAUAUUGGUUUAUUGGCUGACAGACUAGGCUAUCUAAGUUCCACUAGUCCCAAGUAGAAGAAACAUAUAUGCAUCUCUACUUUUUUCUCUUAUCUUGGUUCUCUUAUACCAAUUUUAGCAUUUAAAGGUCACAUUUGACUGGACAAGUUUGUAUUCAGGAAGGUCUAGACAAGGGUGUUGCUUUACCCCCAAGACAUAUUCUUCUGUCUAUCCUUCUCUCACGAUGCCGGUCUGUAUAUGAAUGAUCAUUUGGUUAUCUAUUUUCUGAGUUACUUGUAUAUUAAUUAUUUGGUUAUCUAUUUUCCGAGUUACUCAAAAUUUUCCAUUGUUUUGAGCAGAUCAGCAGGGUAAAGGAACAUGCAUCAUUGACUCAGGAAGACAUAGUUAGUCAUCCAAAGGUUCUUGAAGUAUCUGGUUCUGACUAGAGAUUAGUCGUGGCUCAAAUAAACACAAUUGCCUCAACAUUUCUUCCUGUGUUUUCUGCAACCAUGUAGGCAAUCUUUCUUAGUUGAAGUCUACAGAGUGGAUCAACCGUUUCUUGUGUCAGCAAGGCGACAUGCAUCUGCUGGUCUUUGACAACAGAAGGAAGGAGAGUCUCUGCAGGUGAGCAUUGGUAGGUUGUAUCUGUUUUCUCUCCAUGUGUGAGAUCUGCCUCCCAGAUAAUGCCAUGGCAUGUGAGAAGAAUUCACUGAUCACUCCAACUAUUGGAUUUGUUGUACUAGAAAAUGAUGGUUGUGAGUAGCCUUGUGCAAUGUUUUAUCCUGAGCAGUAAAACCAAGAACUUAAAGACACUUCCAACUCACAAUUGGGCCUCUUUACAGGUUGAAGUACUAAUUUUGACUGUUCUUGGCCAGCAUAUUCAUAGGGACACUACUUACCCAAAAUAUCCAAAUGCAUAUACCAUGAUGUAUCAGUGUAUUUGAUUGUAAACUGAGAGAAACUAAUGAUGUAUCGAAAUCACAUUCAUGUAAUAAUAUAUUAUCUAUUAGGUGCUGA